AUGCAUGACUUGAAAUACUACGUUGAAGAGCAGAAACGACUAUACCAGGAGCUUCCGUUUCGAGUGAUUCCAGGUAUGCGAACUCGGUCUUUUCGAAGCGAGCGAGACUUCCCACAACUUCAGUCUCGCGGUUCCUGGGCCAAUUUAUCGCGACUAAUAAUCAAGCAUGGUGAAAGAAAACCGUUGCUCGAAGACGAAGACGGCGCAGUGAUGCCAGGGUACACAAAUCCCUUGCUGGUCUCGUGCAUGGUCGCUGUAAUCAAUGCUUUUCAGUAUGGGUACAAUACGGCAGUCACGGGUGCAAUGGAUAGUGCUGUAGUCUUUCCUGGCCACUCUAACUUCAUGUGGGCACUUUGUGUCUCAAGUUUUGCUGUCGGUGGACCCAUUGGUUCCCUAGUUGGCGGCCGACUUAACACGUUUCUUGGUCGAAGAAAGACCAUGCUUGCCACUUCAUGCCUCUUUAUUCUGUCGGGUGCGGUCAUGGCAUUCGCCAUGAAUAUGUCCAUGCUUAUUGUCGGGCGGUUUUUGGUAGGAAUUGCCUCGGGUACAGCUACGGUUAUUGUCCCACUUUAUCUAGGGGAACUUGCGCCUCCAAAUCUUCGGGGUGCGCUUGGUACAACAUACCAAUUGGCCAUGGUUCUUGGUAUCUUAUGUACUAUUCUUAUUGCAUUCGGGUUUGCGAACGAGAGUACGAGUCUGGCACAUCCAGGCUGGCGGUUCAUGUUUGGGUUUGCAGGUCUCUUGGGAGUGGUACAAGUGGGACUGAUGUCAUUUUUAGUCGAAAGUCCACGGUGGUUGUUAAAUAAUGGCGACGAAAAGGAAGCAGAAGUAACGUUGCGUUACUUGCGUCAGUUGGACGAUGUGUUUGAUGAAUUGGACAGUAUUUCAGCCGCUAGUUUCAGGGAAACGGGUGAUGGACAAGGGAUUAGCCAAGUGCUGCGUGAUGAAAACAUUCGACUGCCUCUUUUGGUUGCCAUCACGUUACAACUUGCUCAGCAGCUUAGUGGGAUAAAUGCUGUCAUGUUUUAUGCGAGUUCAUUUUUUCAAAAUGCUGGACUUGAGGAUCCACGCUUUGGUAUCACUCUUGUAUACAUUAUCAAUGUUAUGGCUACCAUUGUAGCCCUCAUGCUCAUGGACUCAGCUGGACGUCGUCCAUUGCUUCUUUGGUCAAUUAUGGGAAUGCUUGUAUCAAGUGGCAUCUUGACGCUUGGGCUAUUGGAUGUACUGCCAUUCGGUAGUCUCUUUAGCGUCGGUGGGGUCAUGAGUUUUGUUUGGUUUUUUGAAAUCGGACUCGGACCCAUCCCAUGGCUCAUUGCUGCUGAGAUGUUCCCCCCCAGGUCUCGAACAACAGCAACAUCGAUUGCUACGAUGGUCAAUUGGUUUGGACUCUUUCUCAUCGGUAUCUUCUUCCCUACGAUGCAAAGAGAGCUCGAAGAUGAAAUAUUUGUGCCGUUUGCUAUUCUACUCGCCCUCGCAUUUGCCUUUUCGUUAAAAUUUGUACCCGAGACGAAAGGUAAAACGGUUGAAGAAAUUCAGGAUGAUGUUAAUAAGAAGUAA